UUCUGUGAUCUGCCUUAACAGCUGACUAUCUGAACUUGCAGCCCGUCAGUAGAGCGGCUGCUCAUAGUGUGUGGGGAAAGAGGGGCAUGAAAGUAGGACAGAGGAGUCUGGCCCCUUCCUUUCGGACCAGAAGCAAAGAUUCGUGGCAGUGGGAGAGGAGACAUUAGUCCUGUGUGGAAAGGAAACAGACAGGGUGUGCUGUGAGGAGAAGCCUCUGGGUUUCAGAUCAGUCAGUCCACUUUUGAUUUUUACAGAUAUUUUAAUUCGACAGAAAUUGGAAACAUGCACAAGCGUACCAAGAUAAAGAUCGCCAUCUUCGUGCUGCUGGUGGGCAUGGCUUGCAUGUUCACAGCAGUGGUAACGGACUACUGGGCAGUGCUCAGCCCACCAGUGGAGAGGUUCAAUGAAACCUGUGAGGCGGCCCACUUUGGCCUGUGGAGAUUGUGUAAGAAGCACAUCUACAUCACCCAGGCAAGCUUCGAGGAGGGUCAUGGCUGUGGACCAAUCAGCCUUCCUGGAGAGGAAAAUUGCACUUACUUCAGGCACUUCAAUCCGGGACAAGAUGCUGAGAUAUUUGAAUACAAAACACAAAAAGAGUACAACAUUUCUGCUGCAGCCAUCUCCAUUUUCAGUCUGGCUUUCAUGAUCCUCGGAUCUCUGUGUUUGCUGGGAUCCUGCACUGGGACAGGCAAGGGAAGAGACUACCUUCUCAAACCUGCAGGAAUGUUCUUUGCAUUUGCAGGUAUUUGUGCCUUCAUCUCACUGGAGGUGAUGCGUCAGUCAGUGAAACGCAUGAUUGAGAGCGAGGACACUAUCUGGAUUGAGUACUACUACGCCUGGUCCUUCGCUUGUGCCUGCUCCGGCUUUGUCCUCCUCUUUCUCGCUGGCAUUGCACUCCUCAUCCUCUCUAUGCCUCAGAUGCCAAGAAAUCCUUGGGAGACAUGCAUGGACGCCGAGCCAGAGCAAGCAGAGUGAUGUUAGAUGGUGAAAUUCAUCCACCAAUCAGUAUAAUGUUUUGUUUGAAACACUAGACUUAUUUUGAGAUUAGAAGUUUCAUUCUCCUUUUUUUUUUUUUAGCAAAGAGAAAAACAUGUUUCUUGUGUUUGGGAUCAGUCAUCUUUUCAAACAGCAGUUGAACUGGUCUUUGGUGUGGGGGUUAAUGUGUUUUUUUUUUCUCUGUUCUUUUAUGUUCAAUCUGAGUGAAAACAACUGAAAACAUAUUUUAUAUGCUGGCCUUUUGUAUAAAGCUCAUCAUUCACUGCCUUCCUGUCUUACUUAGACUCCCAUGUAUCAUUGUCAUCUACGUUUAGUGAAAAAUUGCCUUAAGGCUUUUAGAAUAAGAUGAAUAGCAGCUUAAAGUCAAAGUAAAUGAGAGCUUCAGCACCAAAUCAUAAAUAGACAAUUAGGUUUAAUAAAUUUCAAAUGGCAUCACUCAAGGGAUUAGUCACAGACAAAGUCAAAUAAACAUCCCAAGCAUUAUUAAAAGAAGCUGUAGAUAAAGGAUGUAGAAAAAAAGGGCACUAAGAGGAAGUUUUUGAGUGUGUCUGCAGACUGAAUGUUAAACACCCCGACAGUCUGGAGCACCAAUCAUGUUGGAAAAGGUUCAGUUUUAGCAGGUGCACUGCCUAUAUACAAGGCCUUUUACUUGUCUACUGCUACCAAAUGUCUCUGUUGAAACACAGAAAGGUCUAUGAUGAACCUUUUUAAAUUUAGAAAGCAUUUAUUCACAUUUAUGGAAAAACUAUUUCUGUUAAAAAACAAAACAGACUAAUUAUGACCCAGAUAAUCAUGGCCUGUUAUCCUUCUAUAGUCCUACAUGCAGAAAAAGAAGAACCGCCACCUGGUCCUUUAAAGGGAUACUUUGAGGUGAGGUUCAGGGAAAUUAUUUUAAUAAUUAAAAAAAAGAAUAAAAAAUUGAACUUCAUUGUCAUUACACUGUCACAAGUACAAAGCAACAAAAUAAACUCUUUGCAUUUAACCCGUCCCCUUGGGGAGCAGUGGGCUGCCAUUUUGUGGCGCCUGGGGAGCAGUGUGGGGUUAAUGGUCUUGCUCAGGGACCCUGAGUGGCAGUCCGUGGGAGUGGAUCCUGAGAUCAGAACCUCUGGGACCCAAACGCAAUGCCCUAACCUUCAGGCCACCACUCCCAAAUCUUUCUUUCUAUUGUAGAAACCCUUUAUACCACAGCGAGUUUUUGUUAAAGACAAAAUUAAAGAUCAAUAGUUUAUCUUAGUUUUAUGUCAAUGAUUAUUAAGAGGAAAAAAAAGGUUGAUGUGAGUACUGUUUUAUAAGCUAAAUGAAGUCAUGUUUGCCUAGUUUGUUUCAACAUUUAGGAGCCUGAAAGCGCAAAAGACUAUGCCUUACCUCAUGCUGUGGCUCAACUGGCAACCCGGCCAAAAUGUUUAUUCUAUUACUGGCUGACAAAAUGCAAAUGAUUAAUGAGAGCAUUAAUCCACCUAAGGUCAUAAACAGAGUAGCUGUUUGGCUAAGAAAUCAGGAGUUUUUUAACAAAAAAA